UAUAAAAAAUCAAAUUUUUGCUAGACAAUAAUUAAAGAUGAUUACCACUAGGGUUCACUACUUUUGUACUAAUAUUAAAUAUUUGACUUAGCAUGAAGUAAACAUUGAGGAUUAGCAGAGUUUUUCCAAUUGGUUUUAGUUACUUACUAUCUAAUAUAUUUUAAAUUGGACUUUAAGUGAUGUUCCUUAGUUGCUAGUGUGGUUCCCAUUGAAUUUGACAUAAUCCUUGUGACAAAUUUUCUGAUUUUUCAUAAAAUCAGUAGUCCAGUAGUGUGGAUCCGUCAAGUUUGAUGCAAACUUAAACAAUUUAAAUUAAAAUGAAUAGCAACGUAGAAAAUGAACAGGAUUUCAGCGAUGACUGCGACUUAUCCAUAGAAAAACUGGCCGAAACGGAUGAAAGUGAUGUUGAAAAUAAGGAUGACUACAGGAGGGGGGGCUAUCAUCCCGUGGAAAUCGGUGAUGUAUUUCGAAGUCGGUACAAGGUCUUGAAGAAACUUGGUUGGGGAUUCUUCUCCACAGUCUGGCUCUGUUGGGAUAUGAUGGGGAAGCGAUUCGUUGCUCUUAAGAUAGUAAAAGCUGACAGAAGUUUUACUAAAACAGCCAAUCAAGAAAUCAACAUUUUAAGACAUGUUCAACAAUUUAACGCCAUGAAUCCUAACUGGAUUAAAAUAGUGCAGCUCUUAAAAUAUUUUAAAAUAAAGGGUCAGAAUGGCAUACAUACGUGUAUGGUGUUUGAGGUAGUAGGACCUAAUUUAUUGAAAUUAAUCAUUAAUUCUAAUUAUCAGGGUAUACCGCUGGCGAAUGUACGUUCUAUUAUGAGGCAAGUCUUAGAGGGCCUUGAUUAUUUACAUAAAACAUGUGAAGUAAUUCACACGGAUAUCAAGCCAGAGAAUAUUCUGAUCUGUGUAAAUGAUGAAUACAUUAGAAAACUAGCAGGUGAAACUGUUGAAGAAUUUCAGUCAGAAGUAUUAUUGUCUUCAUCUUCCACCAACAAUACAAGGAAAAGGAAAUUGGAACACAACACUGAAUUUUCCAAUGUUCCCAAGAGGAGUAUGCCAGAAUUAAGAGAACAAUCCUCAUUUACUUAUACAAGUGAAAGUACUUACUUAAGUGAUAAUAAUAUGAAUAGAUAUAGUCCACAAUAUUCUUUGGAAUUACAAAAUCAAUUCCAAAUGGACUUAAAUCCAGCAAUUGUGGAGUGUAAAUUUGAUGUGAAAAUUGUUGAUCUAGGUAACAGUUGCAGAGUGGGCAGCCCCUUACCUAAGAUAAUUCAAACCAGAGAGUACAGAGCACCAGAAGUCCUAAUAGGAGCUGGCUACAAUACAACAGCUGAUAUUUGGAGUGCAGCAUGUAUGGCUUUUGAACUAGCCACAGGUAGUUAUCUGUUUAAACCCAUGAGUUGUAAAUAUUAUUCCAAGGAUGACGACCAUCUUUCUCAAAUCGUCAAGUUACUAGGUAACAUACCACCCGAGGUUAUUCGGAGUGGCGAAUAUUCACCGAAGUUUUUCGACGAAUACAAUCAAGUGCGUAAGAAGAAACCUACGAGGUUCAUCAAUUUAGAAUAUACUCUGACGGAUAAGUUCCAUUGGAAUCGUGAAGAAGCUGAAGAAUUUGCCUCAUUCUUGAAACCGAUGCUUGAAUUGGACCAGAACAAGAGGGCCUCGGCAGCCGAAUGUCUUCAACACCCCUGGCUUAAUAAGUAAACGAGUUAAUCCAGUGGAAACUUUAUUUUUAGUUCCUAGAUUGCACUGAUUUAAUUUAUGUAGUA